CUUGGAAAAACACACUAAGACACAUAUUAAUCAAACUAACAAAAAUUAAAUUCAAAGAAAAAGUAUUAAAAGCAGCAAGGGAAAAGCAACAAAUAACGUACAAAGGAAUCCCCAUGAGGUGAUCAGCUGAUUUUUCAGCAGAAACUCUGCAGGCCAGAAGGGAGUGGCAGAUAUACUUAAAGUGAUGAAAGAGAAAAACCUACAACAAAGAUUACUCUACCCAGCAAGGAUCUCAUUCAGAUUCCACGGAGAUAUCAAAAGCUUUUCAAACAAGCAAAAGCUAAGAGAAUUCAGCACUACCAAACCAGCUUUACAACAAAUGCUAAUGGAACUUCUCUAGGCAGGAAACACAAGAGAAGAAAAAGACCCACAAAAACAAACCCAAAACAAUUAAGAAAAUGGUAAUAGGAACAUACAUAUUGGUAAUAACCUUGAAUAUAAAUGGAUUAAAUGCCCCAACCAGAAAACAAAGACUGGCUAAAUGGAUACAAAAACAAGACCUGUUUAUAUGCUGUCUACAAGAGACCAACUUCAGAUCUAGGGACACAUGCAGACUGAAACUGAAGGGCAGGAAAAAGAUAUUACAAGCAAAUGGAAAUCAAAAGAAAGCUGGAGUAACAAUUCUCAUAUCAGAUAAAAUAGACUUUAAAGACUGUUACAAGAGAUAAUGAAGGACUACAUAAUGAUCAAGGGAUCAAUCCAAGAAGAAGACAUAACAAUUAUAAAUGUUUAUGUACCCAACAAAGGAGCACCUCAAUACAUAAGGCAAAUGCUAACAGCCAUGAAAGUCAACAGUAACACAAUAAUAGUGGGGGACUUUAACACCCCUCUUACAUCAGUAGACAGAUCAUCCAAACAGAAAAUAAAUGAGGAAACACAAGGUUUAAAUGACACAAUAGACCAGAGAGAUUUAAUUGAUAUUUAUAGAAUAUUCCACCUGAAAGUGGCAGAAUACACUUUCUUCUCAACUGCACAUGGAACAUUCUCCAGGACAGAUCAUAUCUUGGGUCACAAUUCAAACCCUGGGAAAUUUAAUAAAAUUGAAAUCAUAUCAAGCAUCUUUUCUGACCACAAUGCUAUGAGAUUGGAAAUCAAUUACAGGGAAAAAAACUGUAAAAACCACAAAUACAUGGAGGCUAAACAGUGCACUACUAAAUAACCAAGAGAUUACUGAAGAAAUCAAAGAAGACAUUAAAAAAUACAUAGAAACACACACUUCCGCGGUCGCCAGCAUUCUGGAGCCCAGACGCAGCAUCUGAGUCACCCACCACCUUCUGUUCGGUCAGUGGCAUGAGGGUCUCGCCAUCGUGUGUCGUCCGUGCCGCUAGGGCCGUUGUACACCUGUGCGCUCGCCCGGCCGGGUGGCCGGCCUGCAGAGCUCCCGCCCGUGUCCCCUGGCUGGUCCAGGGGGCCCAGGCACCACCUCGACAGCAGCUUCGCAGGACGCGCAGACUGGACCGCAGCCCGCACCCCUAGCUGAGGCGUCAUGAGGCACCUGCCGUACUUCUGCCGCGGCCAGGUGGUGCAGGGCUUCGGUCACAGCUCCAAGCAGCUGGGCAUCCCUACAGCUAACUUUCCUGAACAAGUAGUAGAUAAUCUUCCAGCUGAUGUAUCCACUGGCAUAUAUUAUGGUUGGGCCAGUGUUGGAAGUGGAGACGUCCAUAAGAUGGUGGUGAGCAUAGGAUGGAACCCAUACUACAAGAAUUCAAAAAAGUCCAUGGAAACUCAUAUCAUGCAUACUUUCAAAGAGGACUUCUAUGGGGAAAUUCUCAACGUGGCCAUUGUCGGCUACCUCAGACCAGAAAAGAACUUUGAUUCUUUAGAGUCACUUAUUUCAGCAAUUCAAGGUGAUAUUGAGGAAGCUAAGAAACGACUAGAUUUACCAGAACAUUUGAAACUCAAAGAAGACAAUUUCUUCCAGGUUCCUAAAAGCAAAAUAAUGAAUGGCCACUGAAGGAAAAGCAUUUAUUCAUUCACUGUUUUCUAAUAUUUUACUGCUCAUAACUCUACAGUCUCAUCUUGGUUAUAUUUUAAAAAUCAUUUUCCUACAGCUGUGAAUUAAACAGUACAGUGUAGUUAACCAUAUUAUGUUCCAACUGUUCAAUUAAACCCGUCAUGUUACAGUACUAAAAAGGUUCAUUUUAAGAAUCAAGUUUCUUUUUUAUGUAAUAUGUUGAUUAAAA